UUCACUUAGUCAUUUUAAAAGCAAUGAUUGAUUUGGCUAUAUGUACAUUUUAAAUGCUUUUCAAUGAUUAUUUAUAUUUUUAUAGGCAAAUCUAAGACGUUUGGAAAAGUUCAGUGAAGAACUCUAUAUUAAAGCAUCCCUCCUGCGAAACUAUUUCGAAGAUUCCGCUAAACUUAGAAAGACACUCGAAGAAUUUGCCUCUGUGGACAAUGGACAGUUCACCGGUCCUCUAAAGGAAACUUUCGAGAACUUGAGUUUCGUAAACGAUACAUUAUACGCUGUGAACACCGUCAUGGAAUUGCAAAGCUCAAGUAAUACGGGGCUUUUCGGUAAGAAACAUGAAAAGACUACCCCGUUGACGCGAAAGAGCGAAGUUUCCCGCCGUUGUUCCACCAUCGUAGAUAUCAGCGGCGUCACCAAGGAUCGCUCGCGGAAGUCCCUGGAAUGCCACUCGAAGCAGCCCUUUACUUUUGAUCGCCUUUAA